AUGGGAUCCUCAUCGACACCAAACAGUUUAAGGGACCUCUAUGCGGCCCCCCCUGACGGAUGGUCUUUCUUUCCUGCACCCGAGGACCUGACAUCUCCAGGAAACAAAAGCUCAGCUACGUCAUGGCCGUCUCGUUCAGCACGCUCUGCCGACUCUCAUGUGUUUGAUUUGGCUCCUAUUGCCUCGGAUGUUGUCUCACUAGACUUCAGAAUGGCGAUUAAAGCACUUGUUGCGUCGGGUGCUCUCCAGUAUGCUACAACUGCAAUUGCAAUGCCUUUUGAAGUGGGCAAGGUACUACUUCAGAUCCAAUGGGUUCCCAAAGAUCAUGUCGGACUGGCACCCAAUGAAUUAAUAUCUGACGAGAAGGAAGAGGAUGCUUUGAGCGAUGCCUCCGGUGAUUCAUAUUUCCACGAUCCAGAUGAGCCCCGCUCGCGCAUUCGCCUUGAGCCCACACAACCCAGGCUUGCUGACGAGGAAGGGUAUGUGGGUGUGUGGGGAAUGAUGAAACGAGUUGGCCGGUGGCAGACAGAGGGUUGGCUGUCAUUGUGGAAAGGGCAAUUAACAUCAUGCAUAAUUGAUGUGCUAUCCGCAUUCCUGCAACCAGUAGCCCUUUCAUUAUUAAGUUUGGCAUUUAUGCCAAGUGAUCCUACGUUGUCCUUUUCCCUCUCAGACACAUCACGUCCUGUGAAACCACUUGUGGUCACAGUUGCAUCUCAUCUUCUCACUGGAAUUAUUCUGUCCCCACUCGACCUUGUCCGGACACGGCUCAUUGCUCAAACCUCCUUGUCGUCUCACAAAACCUACUCGGGGCCUUUAGCCGCCUUACGUGAGAUUUACCACAAGGAAGGCGGCCUUGCUGGAAUGUAUUUGCAUCCACAUUUACUUAUACCAACUGUGAUCGAAAACACAUUACGACCGCUCCUUGCCCUUUCUGCCCCUCUAUUUAUCGAACGAACACUAUUUGUCACAGAAGAGUCUCACCCCGUUGCAUAUCAAGCUGCAGAACUUCUAUUUUCCUCUGCCACCCUCUUGUUGACAUUGCCGAUUGAGACGGCCAGGAGGCGACUACAAAUUCAGUCCCGCGGCUCGGGCAAGUUCCAAGCAUGCGUAGAAACGCGGCCUUCUCCAUACACCGGGGUGGCUGAUGUCCUCUGGAAGGUUUUGACGGAGGAGCGAUCCAUGCCUAUCACCUUGCGCCGGAGACGCAUGUCGAGCCAAGGUCGACAAACUGACGAAGAAGUCAAAGAAAAAAGAAGCUGGAUUAAUAGCACAGGAAUUGGUCAAUUGUACCGAGGCUUUGGGAUGGGAAUGGGUGCGAGUGGUGUGGUAUUCUUGUUAGCCACUUUGGCGGGAGGAGAUUCUUCAGACGCCGGGUGGGCAGAGCUAUAG